AUGGGUGGAGGUGGAGGCAAACCUUUAAAUAUCUUCCGUCUAGGGAGUUCUAUGGCAGAUGAACCCAAAGAAGUCCUGAAUUGGAAACUUUGGUUUGCUGUCAUCUCCUUUGGCAUUAUGGGAGCUGCUAGAGGCGUGGAUGAAGGGUUAAUCAGCGGCACUUUCAACACAGACGACUUCCAGCGCCUUCUGGGGUUUGACAAACUUGAUGAAGAUCAAUAUGCGAAUGUCAAGGGCAACGUCUCUGCAAUGGUCCAGAUCGGGAGCGUGGGCGGCGCUCUACUCGCCUUCAUCCUCGCCGAUCGUAUUGGUCGCCUCUGGGCUACUCGACAAUUGUGCCUUCUUUGGAUUUUCGGAAUCGUCAUCUUCCUGACAAAUAACGGGCGAUUGGGCCAAGUGUACGCUGGCCGCUUCAUUGCAGGACUAGGAAUUGGCCAGACUACUGUCAUCGCGCCUGUCUAUCUUUCCGAAAUUUCACCCAAGGCGGUCCGAGGACUUUGCACCUGCGUGUUCUCGGGUUCGGUGUACAUCGGAAUCAUGCUCGCAUACUUCUCGACUUGGGGAAGCAGCCUCCAUAUCAACCAGAACAAGGCCAGCUCCUGGAUGGUGCCGACAUCCCUCCACCUGAUGUUUGCUGGCCUCAUCUUCAUCUUGUCAUGGUUCAACAAUGAAUCACCUCGGUUCCUGAUCAAGAAAGGCAAAAUAGACCAUGCAGUAGCCAAUUUGGCCAAGAUCCGAGGACUUAGUCCCGACGACGAAUACAUCACGGCGGAGAUCAACGGUAUCAAGCACCAGCUGGAUGAAGAGCAGGAAGCAACAAUGGGCCAGGGAUUUUUGGGCAUUCUUCGAGAGAUGUUCUGCAUGCCCGACAACUUCUACCGGAUUUACCUGGGUUUCGGCGUUCAGUUGUUUGGUCAAUGGUCAGGUGCUCAAAGUAUCACCAUAUAUGCUCCGGAUAUGUUCGCGCUCCUCGGCACUAAAGGUGAUAACGAAAAGCUGUACGCCACGGCAAUCUUUGGAGUCGUAAAGUUUGUCGCAUCAAUUAUCUGUGCCUUGUUCCUGGUCGAUGUUAUUGGGCGAAAGAGAUCGUUGUCCAUCGGCAUCGCACUACAGGCGAUUUCCAUGUGCUACAUUGCAGCCUUCCUGACAGCUGUGCCCAACAUCGACGAUAACACAGUCUUCACACCUUCUCAGAAGCAUGCUUCGACAGGCGGUAUUGUCAUGAUAUACAUCUCGGGCGCGGGAUGGGCGUUGGGUUUCAAUAGCAUGCAGUAUCUGCUGAAUGCCGAGAUCUAUCCCCUCAGGAUCCGUGCCGUGAGCAGCUCACUGGUCAUGUGCUUCCAUUUUGUCAACCAAUACGGCAACUCACGCGCGGUGCCCAACAUGCUCCUCAGCCUCAGUCCCCGGGGAACGUUCUGGUUUUUCACCGCGAUCACGAUCCUCGGUGGGAUAUGGGCAUGGUUCUUCAUCCCGGAGACGAGCGGUCGUAGUCUCGAGGGCAUGGAUGCAUUGUUCCGCCUUCCCUGGUACAAGAUUGGAAGAUACGGACAACGGGAAGCUGACAUCAGUGAUCAGCUGGCGAGAGAGAGAGUGUUGGAGGAGAAGUCGGCUGUUGGGGGAAGUUCUGCCCAGGUGGAGGUGGUUCAACAGGAGAAGGUAUAG